AUGGUAUCUAAACUAGAAAAACAACGAUUGGAAAAUAUACAGAGAAAUAAGGAGCUUCUUAGGUCGCUUAGUCUUGAUAAGAUCUCUUAUGAGAUCAAGAAAGAUGUAGAGGAGAAGAAAGCCGAGACCAAGGCGAAAAGACAAAAGCGUAAGACCGAUACGGCCCCAAAAGAGCCGAUUAGGAAAUCACGUCGACUACAAGGGAUCAAAAUCGAAGAUACCGAGGAUUAUCAGACGGCCAUGAGGGCGAAGGAGCUACAGCAGAUCGAGGAAGAGAAAUUGGAGAAACUACGGACCAUGAAACUUCCCGGUAAUGUAUCGUUGAUUGACAUUUUAAAAGAACAGAAUAAAGACAAUGAGAUUAAAGGAGAAGAUAACGACGAUGAAAAAUUACUCUCGGAAUUUUCUAGAUUGUCCGAUAACUUUUCCGUGGGGGAUUUCUAUGAAGUGAUUUCCAAAAAACCAACUGAUGAUAAAUCGAUCAACAAACUUCGAAAAGAGUUCAAGUCUAUCGAUUUAUAUGAAAAAUUCUUACCUAACCAAAUAUCAUUGACUGAAGACAGGUUGGCAAUUAUAAAUUUCCACCCAUCCAAUACCGAAAAAAUCAUUGUUGGCGGUGAUAUUCUAGGAAAUUUAGGGAUUUGGAACCCGAAUUCUGAUACUGAUGAAAACCCUGCCAUAACCCUGUUCAACCUCCAUGGUAAGCAUAUUUCAAAAAUAGCGUUUUCUACCAAAAAACUUAACAAUCUUUACACUGCUAGCUAUGAUAAUUCCAUCAGAUGUACCGAUUUGAAGACAUUAAAAUCCACAGAAGUACUAGGGUUGCUUGAUGAUAAUGGAAAUGAUAUUGGCAUAUCGGAUAUCCAAUUAUCAACCCCAAACACUUCUCUGUAUGAGAAUUUACUAUUUUUCACCACGUUGACUGGCCAAUUCGGGUCAUUUGAUAUCAGAUCAAAACCAAGAACCACCAGUAUUAGUCUAUACCGACUAAGUGACAAAAAAAUCGGAGGUUUUUCCAUAAACCCCAAUGCUAAUUAUCAAUUAUCAACAGGAUCAUUGGAUCGAACAUUGAAGAUUUGGGAUCUUAGAAAAGUUAAUGCCAACUCUAACUGGUCAGAAAAGUUCCCAAGCGAUGCCUGUAUUCAUGCGUAUGGUGGCUUCAGCAGUCGCCUAAGUGUUAGUUCUACCGACUGGAAUUCCAGUGGGGAUAUUGUUUGUAAUGGGUAUGCUGAUGCUAUUAAUAUAUUCAAGCUUGGAGAUACCACCCAAUGGAACAGUGAUUUCCUUUAUAAACCCAAAAAGAAAUCCAAAGAAAUCAUCCCCAUGACGUUGAAGCCAGACCAUGUAAUGAAACAUAACUGCCGUACUGGUAAAUGGGUUUCAAUAUUGAAGGCUAGAUGGCAGAUGAAUCCAAAGGACGGUUAUGAAAAGUUUGUUAUCGGAAAUAUGCAAAAAUUCUUUGAUGUUUACACCGCCAACGGGAUUCAAGUAGCUCAUUUGGGCGGGAAGUCCAUUACUGCUGUACCUGCAGUAGCCAAUUUCCAUCCAACAGAGAAUUGGUUAGUUGGGGGAACCGCGAGUGGGAAAUGUGUUUUGUUCAGUUAG